AGUGCUGGAUACUUAAGCACUCAUGACCUCGGGCAAACUUUACUUGUUUUUUGAAUCGAAGACUAGCACACACAAAGGAUUCAUUCCAGCUAGACGCAUCAUGGCGUUUUGGACAUGUUUCAAUUGAUAUCCUCGCCAAGUAAAAUUUUGGCUUCCGGAAAUGUUUACUCAGUAAACACCUGCGAACCCUUCCGCAAAUCACGGCCUUGAAAAAGCAAUUAAAGUUGACCAAAAACAAAUAGCACUUGAAAAGCCUGUCACGGCCCAUCAAUGACAUCUGUUGUGAUUUGAAAUUUGCAUGGUAAUUCGUAGUCUCGGACUGUUUUGUUUAUGGCUACAAAGACUACUCUAAAGUUAUUGUAAGUGAUUUACAAGCAAAGGCUCGCCUUAUAAGACAACAAUGUCAAAAUUACAGAGACCGUCUCCAACAAAGAGACUUAGCUGGAACGAUAUGGCUUCCACAACUUCAAAAAUACGACUGACGCGUCGACUCGUUCAACUACAACAGGACAAGACUGCUGCAAGGCUAUUAGACCAGGCGAAACAACUCUGUACUGAGUUUAUCGAUGGGAAAUUACAGCGGGAGGGACUUAAACGAGCUGGCAUUACCGCCUGGACUGGAAAUACGUUUGAUGGCGAUGAGAAAUGGCCUACAAUUUCAAAGCGUGCGCAGGAAGUUGGGUGGAUGUUAGAAGAAUGUUAUCCACGUCUAUACGCGGACAUUUCUCGCCAUGUAAAUGCUUCUUUUACCAGCGAAACAGUGGUGCAUGAUGUAUUUUCAAGUGUAUGUACAGAAAUAGUCAAAGAUGGAGUUAAUUGGGCUAGGAUUAUCGCAGUGUAUACAUUUGCUGGAGCCCUUGCCACAGAAUGUUACAAAGACAGUAGAAGCGUGUUUGUUACGGAAGUUAGCAAUUGGAUGUAUGAAUUUACCGCUCUACAUCUCGUAGACUGGAUUAAGAAGCGCGGCGGAUGGGGUGAUCUUCUCCGGUCGUUUCCACACUCCAGUGUCGCUGAUUAUAUCAUUACGUCACGCGGUAGAUGGCGUGUGCUGGACUACGUCACGGGAUUGGUCACUUAUAUUAUCGUCAACAUCCGGGAAACCUCCAGGUCAUACUUACAAAAACUGUCAUUGCUAUCCAACAAGGAGGAGUAGGCAGACAAGCUUUCCAGUUAUAUUUUGUAAUAAAAGUCUCAAUAAAUAAAUAAACUUUUUUUAAA